AAAGAAAAAACAAAAUAAUGUAAAAAGGAACACAUAAAAAAAAAUGUAAUACAGUUUUUUACUAUAUCCCCAACGAGAAACACAAACUUAAAUUUGCAUAGAAUAUAAACCCAAACUCCCCAAAAAAUUACAAACAGCGUUUUUUAUUUUAGCGCAAGUCACUAACACUGUUGUAGUUUGACAGCAAAAUUCAAGAGAAAGAACAUUAUCUGCACAAUUUAAGAGAAAUCGCCAGUGAAUCGAAGCAAUAAAUACUCUUAACGUAAGUGAAUAAAUCUGCAUAUAUUUUUAAAUAUUUUUCCAUUUAUCAUUGGGAGGUCGUACCGAUAUUAAUAAAGAAAACAAAAAUAUUUAUUUAGUUUUAUGCUAAAUUUAUAUUAAAUAUUUUGUGCAAACUAAACAAAAGAAUAACAAACAAACAAAAACAAUGUUUCAUAAACAUGGCAACGAAAAUAUGAAAACAAAAAGUGUUUAUAUCAAUUUACCAGAGAAACAUGAUCUGAAUCUGAAUAAAAAUAAUGACGAGCAAGUGGUUGUUUAUUGGUAUCGUUUGCCAAAAUUUAAAAGUGUUUAUUUAUUGUAUUUGUUAUUACUGCUGUUGGCCAUAUUUACAAUGUGCCUGCUGUUCAAUAGUUAUUUGAUGAAAUUGCUGAAAUUCGAGAAUAUUUUAAAACUGGACUACGACUACUCGGUUAAAAGUGGCGCCGUUGAUCAAUGUCAAAUGCAACUGGUGGAAAGUAUACCCAUACAUCUUAAUUUUACGGAAAACAGCCCAUCAUUUAUGUCCUCCUAUGAUGCCUGGAAGUUGCUCUUGAACAUUAGUGAAAGUUCUUUAGAUAUUGGUUCGUUUUAUUGGACUCUUAGAGGCGUGGAUGUUAUCGAGGAUCCCACGGCUGCUGAAGGUGAAGAUAUUUUUCAAAGCUUAAUGGAUGUUGGGUUAAAGGGCAAAGUUAAGAUACGCAUAGCCCAAAGUAUGCCUACAUAUAAGGAGCCUGAUCAUGAUACCCAGCUUUUACAGGAGAAAGGAGCUGCCGAAAUACGUUCUUUAGAUUUUGAGCGUUUAUUGGGUGGUGGUGUUUUACACACAAAAUUCUGGAUUUCUGACAAUAAACAUAUUUAUUUGGGCAGUGCCAAUAUGGACUGGAGAUCUUUAACGCAGGUUAAAGAAUUAGGUAUUUUAGCCAUGAAUUGUCCCACACUGGCGCGAGAUUUAAGUAAAAUAUUUGAAGAAUAUUGGGUGUUAAGCAGAAAUGAUUCGGUCAUUCCCCAAAACUGGCCUUCGAAGUACCAUACAAAUUACAAUUUUCAAAAUCCUAUGAUUUUAAAUGUGAACAAUAAAUACAAUCAAUUUGCGUUGCUCUCUAGUUCACCACCACCCUUAACCGCCAAAGGAAGAGUGGAUGAUAUAAAAGCAAUAUUAAAUAUUAUAUCCAAUGCCAAAGAAUUUGUAAAUAUAGCUGUUAUGGACUAUUAUCCCUUAAUUAUUUACCGAGCAAAUAAGACUUACUGGCCAUAUAUAGAUGAUGCGCUUAAGGAGGCCGCAAUUAAUAGAAGAAUAAAAGUAAAAAUGCUUAUAUCCUGGUGGCGUUAUUCAAAUCCCUCGGAGGACUUCUUUUUAAGAUCAUUACAAGCUAUUUCCACAGCCAUGCCAGGUGUUGAUAUACAAAUAAAACGUUUUGUGGUACCAGCCGAUGAACAUGAAUUUUUGAUUCCUUAUGGACGUGUCAAUCAUAAUAAAUAUAUGGUAACUGAUAAUACAGCCUAUAUUGGUACAUCCAAUUGGUCGGGUGAUUAUUUUACCGAUACUGCUGGUGUGGGUUUAGUAUUGCCGGAUACAGUGGAAGUAGCUAAUAAUGCUAAUAGAACUAAUACUAUACGACAAGAUCUGUUAAGUGUUUUUGAAAGAGACUGGAAUAGUCCCUAUACGAGGGAUUUAGAGGUUGAAGAUGUGGUAGAUAAUUGAUCUCAAGACGUUUUAUUAUUUUUUAUUUUUUCGCUAUUAUUAUUUAGAUUAUUGUAUGAAUUUUUUUUAUUAUUAUAAAUAUAUUUGAAAUUUUGUUUAAAAUUA